GGCUCUGUGAUGUAGCACAAGCUAACCCAGCAGUAAAGUAAUGCUUGUCUAUUUCUAACCAUGUGGAUUUAAAAAGAAAGGAAACAACUUAGGGAGAGGGGAAUAUUUUUCGGGUGGUGCACUAGGCUGCAUCUUCACAGCUCAUGCUCUGUUUAAAUCCGUUCCCGCCCCGUCACAAUGCUGCCCGGGUAUAAACUUGUUGGAUGAUCCUGAAUUAGCAGCGACAGGGCCUUGAAGCCGCGGUGCUCGAGUAGAGUGUUAAUCCGGGAUUUUAGGUUUAUGACCGACGGAUAUUAUACAAGGCUUUACUUAUUUUAAACAAUCAUUUUCUGACAUGUCGCACACUGGACCCCCUCCUCGAUGGCGUAACUGUCCCAGGAGAGGGCAGCCGGUGGCAGGUAAAUUCCUGCCUAUGAAAACAAUGUUGGGUCCAAGGUAUGAUGACCAAGUUGCAGAAGAAAACAGGUUUCAUCCAAGCAUGCUGUCCAACUAUUUAAAAAGCCUCAAAGUCAAAAUGGGUUUGCUUGUGGAUUUGACAAACACUACUCGCUUUUAUGACCGCAAUGACAUUGAAAAAGAAGGAAUUAAAUAUCUGAAGCUCCAGUGUAAAGGCCAUGGGGAAUGCCCUUCUAAGGAGACAACUGCAGUUUUCAUCAGACUCUGUGAAGACUUUAUAGAGAAGAAUCCCACAGAACUGAUAGGAGUCCACUGCACGCAUGGCUUCAAUCGGACUGGCUUUCUGAUAUGUGCAUACCUGGUGGAGAAGAUGGACUGGAGCAUCGAAGCAGCUGUGGCUGCUUUCGCCCAGGCUCGGGCUCCUGGGAUCUAUAAGGGAGACUACCUCAAAGAGCUUUUCUGUCGCUAUGGAGACGAAGAGGACGCACCCUCUGCCCCCCCACUGCCUGAGUGGUGCUUUGACGACGACGAUGGGGAGGUGGAUGACGACGGGAACGCAGUCAGUCAAGAAUCGGGCCCCAGCUCUUCAGGGUCGGCGCCGAACAAAAGAAAGAAGGAGAAGCUGAAGCUGGGUGCGGUAUUUCUUGAAGGGAUCUCUGUGAAAGGGGUCACACAGGUCACAACCCAACCCAAGUUAGGCGAAAUCCAAAGAAUGUGUCAGGAGAUGACCGAGUGGGACAGGUCUGGAUUUCCUGGUGCGCAGCCUGUGUCCAUGGAUCGGCAAAACCUUCGUUUUCUUGAGCAGAAUCCUUAUAAAGUCAGCUGGAAAGCUGAUGGUACACGGUAUAUGAUGCUGAUCAAUGGAAAAAACGAAGUGUACAUGAUCGACAGGGACAAUGCCGUCUUCCACAUAUCAAACCUCGAGUUUCCUUUCCGGAAGGAUCCACGCGUCCACUUGUCCAAAACUCUACUGGAUGGGGAGAUGAUCAUCGACAAGGUGAAAGGUCAACCGGUCCCUCGCUAUUUGAUAUAUGACAUCAUCAAAUUCAAUGGACAACCUGUUGGCCAGUGUGAUUUCAAUAUUCGACUCCUGUGCAUAGAAAAAGAAAUCAUUUUUCCACGUAUGGAAAAAAUGAAGAUCGGACAGAUCGACAAAACCAAGGAGCCCUUCAGUGUCAGAAAUAAACCCUUCUUUGACAUUCAUGCGUCACGCAAGCUCCUGGAAGGCAGCUUCACAUCCCAGGUCAGCCAUGAAGUUGACGGCCUGAUCUUCCAGCCAUGUGGGAGGUACAAGCCUGGAAGAUGUGAUGAAAUCCUUAAGUGGAAGCCUCCGAACCUCAACUCUGUGGACUUUCGCCUCAAGAUCACCAAAGUUGGAGGAGAGGGGCUGUUACCACAGACUGUCGGCUUGCUCUACGUUGGAAACUACGAUAGGCCCUUUGCAAAAAUGAGGGCUACCAAAGAGCUGAAACAGUACGACAACAAGAUCAUCGAGUGCACCUUUGCUAACAACAGCUGGGUGUUCAUGAGGCAGAGGGUGGACAAAAGCUUCCCCAACUCCUACGACACAGCCAUGGCUGUCUGCAAAAGCAUCCAGGAACCGGUCACUAAGGAAAUUCUUUUUGAGUAUCUGGACCGCUGCGCCCAGGGAGCCAGCGCGCAGACCCGGAAACACCCGUCUGACCCGGACUCUGCGCUAAUGCCCCCUCCCCCUCCGAAAAGAGCCAACUGGUCUGCGCCGUAGCCUCAGCGGAGCAAUCAGGACUCCCAACCACAGUCACAGCGAACUCUCGCAUCAGCAGCUAAAAUACCCCCUUCUAGAAACUGUUCAAGCCCUUUUGUUGCACUGCAUUCGCUCCCCUGGCUUGUACAUUUAAGGACCUGAGAGAUGUGAAUGCUUCAAUGUGAUUCAUUCUGACAUUUACCAUGUAGACCUAUUUGUAGCUUUAAUUGCUUGUGUUCUAAUUAAAACACUGAACAUAAUGCUUAGAUUAUUUUUUUUGGACGGCUUUCUAUUUAUUUUUUUUUAUUCUGAGCAAACCAAUCAAAAAGGACUUUGUCAUGACUACAAUUAACACCAGAUGAACUUUGUUUACUUUGUGUCAACAAUUUCCUUGUUUUAAUUUGAAAGAAGAGUAAAUACCAUCAAAUCUCAAUCUGUCUUGA